UGGCUCAGUCUGGCGUGGCGCGUUUGUUGCGCCGCGCGCCUGGCGUUCCGGCGCUCCGGCGCUGCGCGCCUCGCGAAGGAUGGAUGAGCUGUUGCCCAAUCCUGAUGAUUGCAGCAAAUUCGAGCCCAAUGCCUUCAAGAAGGAGAAAUGCAAACAGUGCGGACGGCCUUGGACAGAGCACAAAGGUGUGAUCUCGGAGGAGCAUCUCCAGAACUUCUUGAAGUUGAAGCAAAAAGCUCAGGAAGACAAGGACAAGAAGGAGGCUGAAGCGCAGCAGGCCAUUGCGGCCAAGAAAGCCGCGAAGAAGCGAGCGAGCCAGGAUGCUAACGACGACUGGUUCUUGGAGGACGAUAAGAAGGCACCUGCUGUGCUAGAUUACGAUUCUGACGAUGACGUCGGCUUCCGCAUGUUUGGUCAAGAUUCGCUGCCUGCCGAGAUGUUUGGGCGAAAGUCGGAGACCGUCAGGGAGGUCAAGGUUGUCAACUUGAUCGACUGGGGCGAGUGCGACAUUGCCGACAAGGAGGAGGCCUUUGGCGCUGGUGAGGCGACAGGAAGCUCUGUCAGCACACGAGCUCCGCCUGUGGAGGCCAGGCCUCUGGAGCAACCAGGCGACUUCAGCUUCCAGGAGCCCAGCAAGCCUGCUUUUCAGCACGGUGGCCAUGGCAAUCAGGACAUGCUGACAGAGAUCCAGCAUUUGCGGCAGAUGCUUGCUGAUGCCAACGAGGAGAAAGCCAUUCAGGUCGCCAUCGUGCGCGACGAGGUUGUUGAAAAGCAGCAACAGGUGGCGGAGUUGACUCGUCAAAAGAACGAGAUGGAGGCCAUGCUCAGAGAAGCACGGGCGAAGCUCGACUCCUGUGAGGACAAGGAGGCCACAGUGAAAGUGGACCAAGUAGAGGCAGCCUGUCAGGCAGAGCGCCUGGAGGCUGAAAACCACGCCGAGAAAGUUGAUAAAGCAGAGGCGGAGCAGCUUGCAGCCCGCCUUGCGGAGGCCGAGGCAAAGCUCGAGGCUGCCCAAGUCCAGCUGGCGGCGAUGCCGGCGCCGGCGCCCGCAGAGCUGCCGGCUGUCAGCUCCGGUGAUGCUCCAGAAGCGCUUAGAGCCGCGUCCGAGCUCUGGGAGCUUUGCAGCCGCACCUGCCGCACCUUGGGGCUGGAAGGCGAGGCCUCCGAGACGGCGGCCUCGACGGCCUCCGACUCCCUGCAGGCGGAGCUGCAGCGGUGCCGCGAGCGGGCCGCCACGGCGGCCAGCGCCGCGGAGCAGGCGGCGGCGGAGAGGAGGCAGCUGACGGCAAAGUUGGAGGAGCUCGAGCGAAGACCAGCGGCCUCACCGCAGGAAGCUCAAGCUGCCAAGGCUUUGCGGGACGUCCGCCUGCAUGCAGAGCAACAGCUCGCGUGGGUUCUGCAGCGGAUGAGUGUAAGUCACAAUCAUCAGGCCGAGUUGCAGAAGCUCGGUUCCGUGAGCGCCUGAUUCGGUUGUAAGUCGCCUGAAUUCGAUCGGGGCCGGGCCCUUCUGCCCGGCCCGGGGGUUGAUCUGAGAUCAUUGGGAUCGAAGGUCCCCUGAACUUCCCCGAGGCUUUAGGGUGCAUUCCCC